UGCUAACACAAGAUCUUUGUGUGGGUGCUCGGGCAGCGCUCUAAUGCCCGCUGCUGUUGUGUCUGACUCCGUGAGGAUGGACGGUGUGUCGUUAGGACACUGCCUCUCAUGUCUCACCAGCCUGGUGGCCGCGCCAGCCUCACCGCAUCCAAACUGCACCGCAGAUCCCGAGGAGGACACCGCCAACGGAGGGAUUCACACCUUCAACCAGACRCACAUGAGGAAGGCCUUUCAGCUGAUGAAUGACCUGAGGAGUAAAAAGUUGCUGUGCGACGUCCAGCUGGUGGCGGGCGGAGUCGAAGUGCCAGCUCACAGGGUGGUCUUAGCCUCCUGUAGCCCCUACUUCUGUGCCAUGUUCACAGGUGACAUGAGUGAAAGUAAAGCCCACCAGGUGGAGAUCAGRGAAGUGGACGGUCAGACUCUGAGAAAACUGGUGGACUACAUUUACACGGCUGAGAUUGAGGUCACAGAAGACAACGUUCAGGUUCUUCUGCCAGCAGCAGGUCUCCUCCAGCUGAUGGACGUSCGUCAGGUCUGCUGUGAGUUUCUGCAGUCUCAGCUCCAUCCCACAAACUGCCUGGGCAUCAGAGCCUUCGCUGACCUGCACACGUGCACGCAGCUCCUCACCCAGGCCCACGCCUACGCCGAGCAGCACUUCUGUGAGGUGGUGCAGGGCGAGGAGUUCCUGGGACUGUCUCUGCAGCAGGUGUGCAGCUUGAUUUCCAGCGACAAACUCACCGUCUCCACCGAGGAAAAGGUGUUUGAGGCGAUGAUCGCUUGGAUCAAACACAAUAAACCUGCUCGUUUAGAGCACAUGCCCAAACUCAUGGAGCACGUUAGGCUUCCACUAUUAUCCAGRGAUUACCUUGUAAAGAUCGUGGAGGAGGAACCUUUAAUAAAGAACAACAACACGUGCAAAGAUUUCCUAAUCGAAGCCAUGAAGUAUCACCUGCUUCCUGCUGACCAGCGGCACCUCAUCAAGACGGACAGGACUCRACCACGGACUCCUGUCAGCAUCCCCAAGGUGAUGAUUGUGGUGGGCGGUCAGGCGCCUAAAGCCAUCCGCAGCGUGGAGUGUUACGACUUCCAGGAGGACCGCUGGUACCAGGUGGCUGACCUGCCCUCGAGGCGCUGCAGAGCAGGUGUGGUGGCCAUGGCGGGUCGGGUUUACGCUGUCGGAGGCUUCAACAGCUCGCUGCGGGAGCGGACGGUGGACGUGUACGACGGAGCGAGGGACCAGUGGAGCGCCGCGGCCAGCAUGCAGGAGAGACGCAGCACGCUGGGAGCUGCGGUGCUGGGCGACCUGCUCUACGCAGUGGGAGGCUUUAACGGAAGCAUAGGUUUGUCGACCGUUGAGGUUUACAGCUGUAAAACCAACGAGUGGCUGUACAUCGCCUCCAUGAACACCAGACGCAGCAGUGUGGGCGUCGGGGUGGUCGACGGUAAGUUGUAUGCAGUCGGGGGCUAUGACGGCGCGUCUCGCCAGUGUCUCAGCACGGUGGAAGAAUACGACCCGGUUUCUGAUCAGUGGGGUUAUGUGGCCGACAUGAGCACACGGAGAAGUGGAGCAGGUGUGGGCGUUCUGAGCGGCCUGCUGUACGCAGCAGGAGGACACGACGGUCCUCUGGUGAGGAAGAGCGUCGAGGUGUUCGACCCGCAGAGCAACACRUGGAGGCUGGUCAGCGACAUGAACAUGUGUCGACGGAACGCAGGUGUUUGUGCCAUUAACGGGCUGCUGUAUGUGGUCGGAGGAGACGAUGGCUCCUGUAACCUCUCCUCUGUCGARUUUUACAACCCGCUCACAGACAAAUGGAGUCUCAUCCCGACCAAUAUGAGCAACGGGCGCAGCUACGCCGGAGUCGCAGUGAUCGAUAAGCAGCUAUGACCCAGGUCCUCCCCGCAGAACCAGCUCCAAAUCCACCGUCGGCUUCGCAGAAACUCAAAGCAACGUUCGACGCGAGCCGACAGGAAGAGCAACGCCUGAAAGUAGCGCCGUCCGCGAAGAUGAGACGCCGCCAAGAGAUUAAGCCGCGAGUCCCGACCGAGCUGUUAGCCGUCGGGUCGAAAGUGUUUUCUUUUAGCUGCAGCUGUGGGACUGUGGAUUCAUAGACAGUUUUCAAACCACGUCACUAGAAGCUACGUCAAACCGUUUCAUGUCAGGACAUGACUAGUAAACAGAUGAAAUGUUUCAGAGACACGGUUUAAUAAUGGUUAAGUGUCAAACUUUGGUUCCUGAAAGCUAAAAAAAAGAAAAACGCUUUUAGGACGACUGGCCACGAAUAGCAUCCAGCUGCAUUAAUCUUUCUGUUGCACUGACAACUUUUCUUUUUUAUUAUUAUUCAGGAGCAUUAUUUAAAAUCCUGAGUGUGUUGAAUUAUCUUUUUUCCCUGUAGGACUUGCUCAUCUUGUCUGUCGUACCAAACGAGACGUGGUGGAGUCACGUCCACCUCAACAGUAUUUCUUCUCACAGCGUUUGGCCGACAGAGCUGCAAGAUGAUAAACAAUGCAGAAAACAAACYAUAUGCAAAAAAGUAUAUUUAUUGUUUUGUUUUUGUUGUUUUUUGUCUUUUUGAAAAAUGUGUGUAAAAUAAGUUUAUAAUCACUGCUGUGGCUUCAGAUCAGCCGUUUGGACUUUUGUGGAAAAAACUACUGAUGYUCUGAUCUCUUGCACUGACCGCUGCAGACCGGCUGAUUGGUCGACGGAGYGUCUGUCACUCCAGUUUUUUUUUUAAAAGCCAAUAAUGUCAUCAGAUAUUGUAAGAAAAACGAACAAAGAGGCUGUGCCAGUCGCAAAUCAGAGGCGGAGCAAUGCUGGAGAUGUCUUUAGUUCUGAAAAGACAUAUUGAACCAUGUUUGUUUUUUUUUUAGGAUCAAUGCACUGUAAAAAGAUCAUGUUAAAGAUGCAGGUUUUAUUUAUUGUUUGGCUCCGUUUAAUUCAUAGUUUGUUCAUAAAAAGUGAGAUUAUAUAGUUUAUGAUCAACGUACAUCUGUUCAGAUGAAGGCAGAAGCAUUUCAAAUGUGCCAUGGCAGAUUGCUCUUGAAGAGUUUCUUGUGUAAUUUAAAGCCAAUUUUUGUUUUCUAUAAUUUCAGUCCCUUUAGAAAGAAGCACAUAAACCUAAUAAGAUCGUACAGUUUUGUUAUAUGAUCCAUUUGUUCAAAUGUCCAUGUAACUUUUUUUUUUUUUAAGUCUUUAUAGGUUGAUUCAAUUGUCAAGUUUCCUGACAUUGUUUUGCUGGUGAUUACUGUAAAUUACAGUCAUAUGAAGGAGUGAUGGGACCAGUUUUAAACACAGUUUGGUACCAGAUUAAGCAUCAGUUCUGCCUUUGGUCAAAAAAACARCGUGCCCUGUUGACCUGCUGAAAUGUGACACAAUUUGAUAUUUUGCUUAUUUGCUUCAAGUUGGGCUUUAUAUUGAGCAUCAAUAUAGCCCUUAUUUUGAAAAAAAAAAAGAUUGAAACAUGCAACUUCUGCAAAACGAAUGGUGUUUCAAGCACAAAUAUACAUAUGAAAGCCUUCCACUCAUAUCAUGAAAGAAUGUUGCUUUUUUUUAAAGCCUGUCUUUUUAACAUUGUUACACUUUAAACACAGUGAUCAGCAAUAAACUACAACUUGACUCA